UAUGAGCUGAAGAUCCGCAGAGGACUUGGCAGCACACACACACACACACACACACACACACAGUGCAAGAAAUAUGGUAGCUCUUCCAGGACAUACAGGACUUGGCCCUCGCAGGCGACGUGUCACAAGGAAUCAAAUUAGAUGUUGCUGCGCAGAGCGGCCAGAACAACGCCAGGGAUUUUCUCAGGGAAUCAAAAAUAAGGUUGACAUAAUCUCAAGGAUAAUUUGUCAGUUCAGCCAGAGAAUGAACAUGUAAAGAAGCCCAUAUGGCUAAUAAAGCGUAUCAUUCAUUCGCUCCAUUUUGUCUAUAACACUUUCCUGGCAAAGGAUCCUCGGCCUAGGGAGGGGGGGGUCUACUGCAUCAGUGUGACACAUCUCCAGUCUGCGUUUGAACUUGUGAUUUAUUGGUUCUUAGUAAUCACAUGUAUCGCACAGGCUCAAAUGGCUUAUGAAAUGACCGACGUGCCGCAUAACAUGCACAAAUUAUAUCAAAUUAGAAAUGUGAUCUUGUCAACAGCUUCUUUGCAAAAUGUGCGCACAUUGGAAGAGUUUUAAGUACAUAUUACUGCCACUAUACACUAAAGAAAACAGCAUUGUUCAACAAAUAUAGACCGUGAUGAAUUACUGUCUUGUUUGAGCCCUGAUAAAAAACCCAGCUGCUGCUCACCAGCUAUGUGACCCGCUUGCCAUGCUGUCCUGUCAUGACUCAGUGCUGAGUGGGACAUUAGACGGUCUCUUCCUAGUACCCGGCUCAGUGUUAGAGGGACAUGCAUUCUGCAGUGGCUCUGGACUGAGUUUAGUAUCAUGGGAACUGCUGAUAGCAGCCGGGGUCCAGAGAGGUCGCAAGGGAGUUCAGCUGAGUUAAUCCGGGGACAGGGUGCCCUGUCAGUCAAGGCACGGGGCAGCAAACGCGGGGACUGACCUGAGAGGGGUUGUGUUUGUGGAAGGCUGGGGUGUGUACUCAGCUGGGUGAUCCCCCCCACACCCCUCCCUUUAAAAAAUAUAUAUAGGCAAAUGAGGAUUCUGAAUUUAGCAUGUGCAAGGUCUGGUCUUUCAGCCUGACGUGACAGAGCCACCUAGUGGACACAUGGGAAGUUGCAUCUCAGAAACAAUCCAUUGAUAAGGGUAGAGCAUUAGAAGCAGCAACUAAUAUGGAGUCUAAUGCAAAGACACUUUGUUUUUCAAAUGUAUGAUUCAUUCAUUUGUAUUUAUUAAUGAUGUUUAAAUAAUUUCUGUCCUUUUGAGGUUAUACAACUCAAAUACACAAAUAACUACAGUUAACUUCAAUAUUAAGUAAACGUGAAUGUUAAAUAAAUUAAAAUUAAAAAGUCAUAAACACACAUGUUCAUACCUCUGCUUUUUGUUUAUUAAUCAUCUAAUUUUACAUAUGUUUCUAAAUCUAUGGAGUGUAUUUUACAUUUGUAUACAAAUCAAACCCUUUGUUCGACAUCUGUGUUUAGCAUUUGAUCUAUUUAUUUUAUGUAAACAUGCAACAUCCUCUUAAUUCAUUCUGACUCACUAAAAUGUAACAUCUCAUUUUCUAUUUAUUCCAUUAAAGUGCAGUUUUAAUAUCAACAAUAUCUACCUUUGGUAAUUUCAUUUAUUUAAGUUUGGGAAAUAUAGGCUUUACCUUUAACCAGGCCACGUGAUAGCCCUUUUAAUCUACGUUAUAUCCCAAGUGAAUAUCUACUUUCACAUUUUUUUUAAAACAGCACUUAUUGAUCAUGUCCCAUUUUGAAAUCUUCCAUUUUCUAUGUUAAAUGGAUAGUUCAAAGACAUCUGAAACAUCCAUGUAAAGUCAAUGCAGGAAGUCCCAUUAACCAGCCCACUGUGGUUUGGUAGAGGUACAGGACAGGUAAAGGUGAACCAGGAGGGUUGGACAUGUGAGUGUGUGGUCAGUGUGUCUGCAGAUGUUCCUGCAGAGAUGGCCCAGCAGGUGAAGGUAGCAGCUGCUGCAGAGAGGAGCGAGCCGGACUGUGCAGAGCUCUACCCUGACAUGGAGACUGUCAGCUCCACUGCAGAUAUAGGAGAGUCGCUGAGGAAGGGCUCUUUGUGUGAGACCUCCAUGGGUGUCGGUCUUGGCAGACGGAGCCGGGCCUACCCCUCCCCGGCCCGGAGACGACACCGCACCACCUUCAGCCACAAGCAGCUGGAACAUCUGGAAGUGGCCUUUGGACAAAACCAGUAUCCUGACAUCUACUACAGAGAGGAGCUGGCUCGUGUUACCAAGCUCAACGAGGCUCGCAUACAGCAGGUUUGGUUUCAGAACAGAAGAGCCAAACAGAGGAAGCAGGAGCGAGCCUCCCACAAGGUUCUACCGGUGGGUAUGAUGUCUGGCCACAGGGCGCUGCUGGGGGGGGUGCACGUCCAGCCCUCUACCAUAGCCCGACAGUACUACACCCAAUCCCUGGCUCACAUCCCCCGUCUUCCUCCUAUGCUGCCCUCUGGGGCGUACCCUUGCCACCCAGGCCAAGUGAGCCAAUGCCCAUGCCCCAGCGUCCCAUCACAGCCAGCCCCCCCGCGGCAGCACGAGGACUGGUACAGCCCGCUAAGGAGCAACCUCCCCUCCCCGAUGUUCUCCCUGGCCUCCAUGCAACCUCUGGACCCCGCUUCGCACUGGAGCUAAGAAGUUACACAGGCUAAUAAAGCCAAAUAUUACAUUAAAAUAACUUUGGGAAAAUUCAGUAAUCAUGCACCAUCCUUUCUUCCCCUUGUUUAACUAAUUUAAGCCUAAAAUUAUAUCAUUUUCACCUUUAUUUCAAAAGUCUAAAGUUUCAAAUUGCAACAAAUAUGUAGAAUAGUAUCAAAAUCUGAUAAGUGGUAAAAUGCUGACUCUUUUUUGGGCUUUAGGACUCAUUCCUGCACCACUCUAUUUCUUUGACAUUAUUUUUACACAUUACAUGCAAGUCAU